CUGGAUGCUCGGCUCUACUGUGCAGAAGAAACCGCUCCUCCGUCCUACCUGUUCCUCGGUCCAGUGGUGUCCUGCUUUCACCAGCUGUCUUCUCUCACCAGUGUGCCAGGGUGGGCACCCAGCUGUGACAGCUUGUGGCUUCACAGCCAGUUCCCACUGCGCUUUGUCUGCAGUCUCUGGUCAUCUCCUGUACUGUGUCCGUAGUCUCCGGUCAUCUUCUGUAGUAUGUCCGCAGUCUCUGGUCAUCUGUAUUAUGUCUGCAGUCUCUGGUCAUCUCCUUUAGUAUGUCCACAGUCUCUGGUCAUCUCCUGUACUAUGUCUGCAGUCGCUGGUCAUCUCUCCUGUAAUAUGUCUACAGUCUCUGGUCAUCUGUACUAUGUCCGCAGUCUCUGGUCAUCCCCUGUACUGUGUCCUCAGUCUCUGGUCAUCUCCUGUACUAUGUCCGCAGUCUUUGGUCAUCUCCUGUACUAUGUCCGCAGUCUCUGGUCAUCUCCUGUAGUAUGUCUACAGUCUCUGGUCAUCUCCCGUAGUACAUCUGCAGUCUCUGGUCAUCUCCUGUAGUAUGUCUGCAGUCUCUGGUCAUCUCCUGUAGUAUGUCCGCAGUC